AUGUUUCCUUCUAGUUUCGGUAGUUAUAGCUCUUACCCUUGUUACCCUUCAUCUUCUUCUUCUUCACCAUACCCUCCUUUCCCUUUCUUUAACCCUGAAAACAAUAAUAAUGGUGCUAAUAAUUCAAACAACAACAACAGCAACAACAACAACACUUUCCUUCAUGAUCCAAUUUCUAAUAAUGCUACUACUACUACUACUGUUAUUCCUUACCAUCAUCAUGCUCCAACAAUCCCAGAAAGUGCACUGAUGACGAAUUUGGCAGUGGCUGAUGCAAUGUUCAAGCAAGAGUACUUCACUGCUGCUGCUGCUGGUGGUUCUUCACACCAUCAUCAUCACCAUUAUGGCAUGUCAAGUUUGAUAACAAAGAGGCCAGCACCAAAGAAAGAUAGGCACAGCAAGAUUCACACUUCUCAGGGCUUGAGGGACAGAAGGGUGAGGCUUUCUAUUGAGAUUGCACGCAAGUUCUUUGAUCUUCAAGACAUGUUAGGGUUUGAUAAGGCCAGUAACACUCUUGAGUGGCUCCUAACAAAGUCAAAGAGAGCAAUUAAGGAGUUAGCUAGAAGCAAGAACAGUAGCAGUGGUAAUAACAAUGGUGGGGUUGCCAAUAACAGCUUCUCUUCUUCCUCUUCUGAUGGGGCUGAUGAUGAUGAAGUUGAUUCAGUCAUCAACCAACAACAACUCACUGAUAAUAUUGAUGGUACUCAUGAACAAGGGGGUGUGGAUUCAUUGGAGAGGAGGCUGAGAAGGGAUCAACAGAAGGAGGAAGAAUCAAGGGCAAAGAUGAAGGAAUCAAGGGAAAAAGCAAGGGCAAGAGCAAGGGAAAGGACUAGUAGCAAGAUGUGCAACAGUGAGAAGGUGCAAGACUUGAAGAAGAAAAGCCCUGCAAUGGUAAUGGAAGAAGAUCCUCAGAUUCUAAUGCAGCAUCAACAAUUGAGGGCACCAAUGAUUCAACCUCUUGAGGAAUCUUCAAUGAGAUCAUCACCAAAGCUGUUUCAGCCUCAUCAUCUUGCAGCAGCAGCAGGAGGAGGAGGAGGAGGAGGAAGUAGUGAAGUCCCCAGAGAUGAUUUCAAUGUUAUUGAGGAAUCCAUUGUGAUAAGGAGAAAGUUGAAGCAAUCUUUGAUGUCUUCUUCUUCUUCUUCUUCCAAUAAUAAUCACCAUCAAAAUCAUAAUGUUAUCCCUAAAGAAGCAACAAACUUCAACAACAACAACAGUGACUACCACUGCUUUCCCAAUUUAUCAUCACCAAAUUGGGAAGCUAAUGCUUCUGCUGCCACUAAUAAUGGCCGCUCCAAUGUUUGCACAAUAUCAAGCAUGAAUCUGUCUACAAGGCUUCAGAUCUUUGGAAAGUCUUGGGAAGAGUGCACCAAUCCCCACCUAUGAUUAUAAGUAUGUUAGUUAAUUUUUCAGCAUUAUAUCUCUCUCUGAUCUGAAUGAAUGAA